GCCUGGGAAAGAUGCUGGAUCCUGCAGUUACCACAACAGCAUCCUCUCCCCGCGCCAGGGAUCUGCCAGCCGGAGAGAUGACUGAUUAGACCGGAUCAGAUCCAGAGCCCCGCUCUUCAGAAGGGGGCCCUGAGGGGCGGGGGAGGAGGACCCCAGCUGGCCGGAGCUGGGGGAGGGGUGCUUCGGGGCGCGGAGAGUUCUAGCGUUUCACCGCGGGGCUCACACCUCUGAAGCCGCCACAAUGAACGACAGAACACGUUUCUACACCCAGUGACUGGCCAGGUCCCAGAAGAAAACAACAAAUUUAACUUGAAAACAUCGGCCUUGGACAUGUCCAAUAAAGCAGGUGGAAAACGCCCGGCUAUCACCAACAGUGACGUAUCCAACCACAACAUGGUGUCCGAGGUCCCCCCAGAGCGGCCCAGCGUCCGGGCAACCAGAACAUCCCGCAAGGCCAUCGCCUUUGGGAAGCGCUCACACUCCAUGAAGCGUAAUCUCAACGCACCUGUCACCAAGGCGGGCUGGCUCUUCAAACAGGCCAGCUCCGGGGUUAAGCAGUGGAACAAGCGCUGGUUCGUCCUGGUGGAUCGCUGCCUCUUCUACUACAAAGAUGAGAAGGAGGAGAGCAUCCUGGGCAGCAUCCCCCUCCUGAGCUUCCGGGUGGCCGCCGUGCAGCCUUCGGACAACAUCAGCCGAAAACACACCUUUAAGGCCGAGCACGCCGGGGUCCGCACCUACUUCUUCAGUGCCGAGAGCCCCGAGGAGCAGGAGGCCUGGAUCCAGGCCAUGGGGGAGGCUGCCCGAGUCCAGAUUCCCCCAGCCCAGAAGUCGGUGCCCCAAGCUGUGCGUCACAGCCACGAGAAGCCAGACUCCGAGAACAUCCCACCUAGUAAACACCACCACCAGCCAUCCCACAACAGCCUCCCCAAGCCUGAGCCCGAGGCCAAGACUCGAGGGGAGGGUGACGGCCGGGGCUGCGAGAAGGCUGAGAGGAAACCCGAGAGACCCGAAGUCAAGAGCGAGCCUCUGGUGAAAGCCAAUGGCAUCCAAGCCGGACCCGAACCAGCCUCGGAGCCCGGCAGCCCUUACCCUGAGGGCCCGAGGGUCCCAGGGGGAGGGGAUCGGCCCGCCCAGCCCAAUGGCUGGCAGUAUGGCUCCCCGAGCCGACCAGGGAGCACAGCUUUCCCACCUCAGGAUUCAGAGAGCGGGGGACACCAGCGGAGCUUCCCCCCGCGUGCCGACCCCGACAAAAUUGCCCAGCGCAAGAGCUCCAUGAACCAGCUUCAGCAGUGGGUGAACCUGCGCAGAGGGGUGCCCCCACCUGACGACCUUCGCAGUCCCUCUAGGUUCUACCCCGUGUCCCGCAGGGUCCCUGAGUAUUACAGCCCCUACUCCUCCCAGUACCCCGAUGAUUACCAGUACUACCCACCAGGGGUGCGGCCGGACAGCAUCUGCUCGAUGCCGGCCUACGAUCGGAUCAGCCCACCCUGGGCGCUGGAGGACAAGCGCCACUCGUUCCGCAACGGAGGCGGCCCUGCCUUCCAGCUGCGGGAGUGGAAGGAGCCCCCGGGCUACGGGAGGCCGGAUGGCACCGUCUGGCUCCCUGGCCCCUCCCCCUCCCGGCAGCCAGUCUAUUACGAUGAGCUGGACGCCACCUCCGGCUCCCUGCGCCGCCUGUCCUUGCAGCCCCGCUCCCACUCUGUGCCGCGCUCGCCCAGCCAGGGCUCCUACAGCCGUGCCCGCAUUUACUCCCCCGUCCGCUCACCCAGUGCCCGCUUUGAGCGCCUGCCACCUCGCAGCGAGGACAUCUAUGCUGACCCCGCUGCCUAUGUGGUGAGGCGGUCCAUCAGCUCCCCCAAGGUCCCUCCGUACCCAGAAGUGUUCCGGGACGGUCUCCACACCUACAAGUUAAACGAGCAAGACACAGAUAAGCUGCUGGGCAAAUUGUGUGAGCAGAACAAGGUGGUGAGGGAGCAGGACCGGCUGGUACAGCAGCUCCGAGCUGAGAAGGAGAGCCUGGAAAGUGCCUUGAUGGGGACCCACCAGGAGCUGGAGAUGUUUGGAAACCAGCCUGCCUACCCGGAGAAGCUGCUGCACAAGAAAGAGUCCCUACAGAACCAGCUCAUCAACAUCCGUGUGGAGCUGUCGCAGGCGACCACGGCCCUGACGAACAGCACCAUAGAGUACGAGAGCCUUGAGUCAGAGGUGUCUGCCCUGCACGAUGACCUCUGGGAGCAGCUCAAUUUGGACGUCCAGAAUGAGGUGCUCAACCGGCAAAUCCAGAAGGAGAUCUGGAGGAUCCAGGACGUGCUGGAGGGGCUGAGGAAGAAUAACCCAUCCCGGGGCACAGACACGGCCAAGCACAGAGGAGGACUUGGCCCCACGGCCACCUACAGCUCCAACAGCCCUGCCAGCCCUCUCAGCUCCACCAGCCUCACCAGCCCCCUAAGCCCCUUCUCUCUGGUGUCCGGCUCGCAGGGGUCCCCCACCAAGCCCGGGUCCAGUGAGCCCAAGGCAAGCCAUGAGCAGAGCAAGAAAGACCCGCACCAGACAUCACCCCUGGAUACCGCUAGAGACAACAGCCUUGCGCCCACCAGGCAAGAGGUGGAGGCAGAGAAGCAGGCAGCUCUCAACAAAGUUGGCAUUGUGCCUCCUCGGACAAAGUCGCCCGCUGAUGAAGAGCUAACUCCAUCAAGGGUGGUGAGGAGGAGUGCCACUGGGCUCACCAAUGGACUGUCCUCCCGGGAGCGCCCCAAGAGUGCUGUGUUCCCUGGAGAGGGCAAGGUGAAGAUGAGCGUGGAGGAGCAGAUUGACCGCAUGCGGAGACAUCAGAGCAGCUCUAUGAAGGAGAAGAGGAAGAGCCUGCAGCUCCCGGCCAGUCCUGCCCCUGACCCUGCCCCCCGGCCCGCCUAUAAAGUGGUGCGCCGUCACCGUAGCAUCCACGAGGUGGACAUCUCCAACUUGGAGGCGGCCCUGCGGGCAGAGGAGCCUGGUGGGCAGGCCUACGAGACGCCGAGGGAAGAAAUUGCCCGGCUUCGCAAAAUGGAACUGGAGCCCCAGCACUAUGAUGUGGACAUCAGUAAGGAGCUCUCCACACCAGACAAAGUCCUCAUCCCCGAACGGUACAUUGACCUGGAGCCUGAUACUCCCCUGAGCCCCGAGGAAUUGAAGGAGAAGCAGAAGAAGGUGGAAAGGAUCAAGACACUCAUUGCCAAGUCCAGUAUGCAGAACGUGGUGCCCAUCGGCGAGGGGGACCUUGUGGACGUGCCCCAGGACUCAGAGAGCCAGCUGCAGGAGCAGGAGAAGCGGAUUGAAAUCUCCUGUGCCCUGGCGACCGAGGCCUCCCGCAGGGGCCGCAUGCUGUCUGUGCAAUGUGCCACCCCAAGCCCUCCCACCUCCCCUGCUUCCCCGACUCCACCAGCCAACCCCCUAUCGUCUGAAUCCCCACGGGGCGCCGACAGCAGCCAUACCAUGCGGGUCUGAGCUCUGACUGCAAGCUCUGGCCGAGGCCAACGCCGGGAAGCUGCACAGAGCCACAUUCUGAAGGCCUCGGCCCCCUGAGGCCCCGGCUCCCCAGCCUGGCCCCCUGCCCCUGCGCGCCCGUGGGAGGGCUACAGGGAGCCAGGCUGGGGGCCGGGGCUGCUGCCCACACGUUACCUCAGUGUCCACACGGCCAGCACGCCCGGCCCCGAAGCCCUCGCGCCUCAGAUGGCGGCCCCAGGCCGGGGCCCGAGAUGGCGGGCAGGCAGCAGCCUCCAGCGCCCGCGGCCCAGGGGGCUAGGCCCGGCCCUGGCUGGUGGUGUGACGGUCCUGCUGGAACAUUUCCUGCUGAAGAGGAUGCCCUGGUGGGGAAGAUGCUCUGGGCUCUCUCAGGUUAGGACUAGGCUGAGGAGAAGACGGAUGGACGCUCUGCUUCUUCUGGCCCCUCCUGACACCAAGGGCGGCACCUGCCACCGGGUCCUUCCCCCAUCGACACCCCUCCACCCCGCUGCCCCAGCUGCGCCCAGGGCUUUGACACGUCUCUGCUUAGGGGUGCUCCUUUGGGGUCCCGUGGAGACUGACCACCCUGCUUGAGCCAAAGACAAGAUGACAAGAGCUGGGGAGAGGCUCCUCGGCUCCCAGGGGGCACAGUGCUGGCUGUGGGUAGAGAGAGGCACGCAGGUCUGUGCAGGGUCUGAGGGCAGGUUGAGAAGGGGGAGAG